UUAUGGCCGCCCGCAGGGCGUGCCCGCCCCGGCCCCGGGGCGGAGCGGGGGUAGGUAGGGGGGGGAAGCCCCCGCUCUUAAAAAAGCUCCCAGGGUCAGGAGCCGCCCGCUUGUCUUGAGGGGUCGCAGCCAUGCCCCUGAGGAAGCCCCCGGUCAAACGACGCAGCACCGACUCGGGCGUAGAGCCCGACCGCGGGGCGCUCUCCCAGGAGAAGAAGGACCAGCGCAUCGCGCUCUUCCUCAGAGACUUCGACCAGCAGGCUAAGGAAAGCAUCCGGGAAAUGAAGAAAGAACUUGAUGCGCUCUUGCAAACAGCUGAGAAGGCAUUCACAGUGGAGUUGCUGAAGAUACCACUUGCCAUCAGAAAAAUGAAAAGAAAAGACUUGCUUAAUUUGCAGGGAAGGGAGGAAGUGGCUCUUGCUGCUGCAGUGAGUGACUCUUCCCUAGAAGAUGUACCAAAUCCCAAACUGAUGAGGACCAACAGCAAAAAAGUUAAGGUAACUACAAUUGUUGAAUAUGAAGAUGCCAAGCAUACUUCUGCAAAGAAAGUAUCUAAAAAAGUAUGCAGAACCAAGUCACUGGUUUCAUUGACCUCUGGUUUAAGUAGCAAACUGAACCCUAUUUCUAGGUCUGUUCACUCUUCUGCAAGUGUGACUGAGGCUGUUAAGACUGUUGCCUCUGAUUGCAGUGCUACAAAUUCAAAAGCCACGCCAAAGGCAUCUAAAAGUAUUGGACUACAACAGACUGUCUCAAGAACUGCACCUAUCAGUGGAAGAGUUCAAGGCAUGUUACUAAGAAGUAGAUCAGUACCCCAACACAGAACUGUUCCAUUUGUAAACAUUCCCUUGGCUGAUGGACAGACGCUCUGUAUGGCUGGUGGAGACCUCCGUAACAUUGAUGUGCAACUACUAAAUCAAGAUACAGUACAGCAUAUUCAUAACUUAGUGAGUGAGCUGACUGUCCUAUAUGGAAAGGCCACAGCUAAACCAAAUUAACGGAACUGUCUUCUGACUCACGGAAUGUGUGACAUCUCUUGCUUGCCUCCCCUGAAGUGUUCAGAGAAUGUUUAUAAUGUCUUAAUAAAGCUGUAUAUUGCCCAGUAAAUGUUUUAUAUAAAAGCUUAAAAUGUGAUGUGUUCUUAUCUCUGUAAAGCAUACAAAUGCAGAACAAAAUUCUUCCAGUUUCCCAACUUUAUAAAAGCUUAGUUAACAUUUUAGUUCAUUUCAUAAUAAAAUGAAUAAUAGAUUGAUGGAGAAUACAAGCUUUAACAAAUAUUCUAAAUAGUAUUUUUUUUAUAUAACCAGUCAUAAAUAGAGAGCUAUUUAAGGUCAUUCUUUCAUGCAUGCCACAACCAACAUAGUUACUACUCUUUUAUUAGUUUACUGUUCAUGGGGUCUUCCCACUGACAAUCACCUUGCAUUCAACUCAGGACUUCAGCUGAAGUGCAUGCUUAAGCUGAAGUGCAUGUUUUGAAGUGCUUGAAUAAAACUUGUAAUAAAAACCUGAAUAACACCAUGUAAUU